AAUGAAGUACAAGCUAUGAAAGAAGAUACCAGCUUGUAUGGUCUCGACGCUAAGGAACUGAGUUUAGUUCCUGAUCUGGUCCUACCUCCCAAGUUCAAAACUCCUGACUUCGAGAAAUACGACGGUACCCAAUGCCCUUCUGCCCAUAUCACAAUGUUCUGCAGGAAAAUGACUGGUUACGUAGGGGACGACCAGCUGUUGAUCCACUGUUUCCAGGAAAGCUUAGUAGGCUCAGCAUUGCGAUGGUAUAAUCAACUAAGGAGAGUUGAUGUCAGGACAUGGAAAGACCUGGCCAAAUCUUUUCUCGACCAGUAUAAACAUGUGAAGGACGUCAGGCCUAACAGAAUGGUGCUGCAAGCAAUGGAGAAGAAGCAUAGUGAAAAUUUCAGACAAUAUGCUCAGAGGUGGAGAGAGAUAGCAGUACAAGUCCACCCACCGUUGGUAGAGGAAGAAACGAACCUACUUUUUGUUAAUACCUUGAAGGCUCCAUUUUUCUCACAUUUUGUUGGUAAUCCUUCUCGAAGUUUUGCUGAUAUAGUUAUGGCGGGAGAAAUGAUUGAAAUGGCGAUCAAAAGCGGGAAGCUUGAGGGAGGAGAUUCCAGCAAGAAAUUAAAAUUUCUGAAACAUAGUGAAUACAGUAUUGUUGAGCAAUUGCACAAGCUGCCUGCCCGUAUUUCUGUCCUAUCACUUCUUCUGAGUUCAGAGGCUCAUCGCAACGCCCUGUUAAAAGUUUUAAACCAAACAUUUGUCCCGAAGGAGAUACCCACAGAAAAGCUGGACCGACUAGUUGCCAACAUCCAGGCCGAUAAUUUUUUAUCUUUUUCUGAGGACGAGAUCCCUUCUGGGAUGAUUGGCAAUCAUAAGGCCCUACACAUCACAGUUAGGUGCAAAGGGCAUGUUCUAUCCAGAGUACUGAUAGAUAACGGUUCGGCGUUAAAUGUGAUGCCCUUGGUGACCCUGAAAAAAUUGCCAGUGGACAGCACCCUGAUGAGAAGCUGUCAAAGUGUGGUUCGAGCUUUUGAUGGAACGAAGAGAGAAGUUCUAGGCAAGAUUGAUAUCCCUUUGACUAUUGGCCCGGCGAUAUACGAAGUGGAGUUUCUUGUGAUGGACAUCAUGCCUACAUACAACUGUUUAUUGGGAAGGCCCUGGAUUCAUCAGGCCGGUGCGGUUCCGUCAACGUUGCACCAAAGGAUAAAAUUUGCAAUGGAUGGGAGGCUUAUAUGCAUUCAUGCUGAGGAAGACAUUAUUGCUUCGGUUUCUACUACUGCUCCAUACGUUGAAGAGGGAUGUGAACCACCCUCAGAAUUACUAAAGAUGGUGGAACAGGAAGAUGAGCAGAUCCUGCCUCACGAAGAGCUUACAGAGAUCUUGAACCUGGGUACAGAUGAGGAUAGAAAGGAAAUAAAGAUUGGUACCACCCUGUCUACUGAAGGGAGGCAAAGCUUGAUAGAAUUACUUCAGGAGUUCAAGGAUGUAUUUGCUUGGUCAUACGAGGACAUGCCAGGGCUGGAUACAGAAUUGGUUGUCCAUAAAUUACCAAUAAAGCCUGAUUGCAAGCCCGUACAACAGAAACUGAGAAGAAUGAGACCCGAGAUGCUGCUCAAGAUUAAAGAAGAAGUGAAGAAACAAUUUGACGCUGGGUUUCUCACUGUGGCCAAAUAUCCUGAGUGGGUAGCAAAUAUUGUCCCAGUACCAAAGAAGGAUGGGAAAGUACGAAUGUGUGUCGACUAUAGAGAUCUGAAUAGAGCUAGUCCAAAGGAUAAUUUUCCUUUGCCACAUAUAGAUACGUUAGUGGACAAUACUGCUGGAAAUUCCUUAUUCUCAUUUAUGGAUGGUUUCUCCGGCUAUAAUCAAAUUAAAAUGUACCCUGAAGAUAUGGAGAAAACAACGUUUAUCACUAUGUGGGGGACGUUUUGCUAUAAAGUCAUGCCGUUUGGAUUAAAGAAUGCAGGGGCAACCUAUCAGAGGGCCAUGGUGACGUUGUUUCAUGACAUGAUGCAUAAAGAAAUUGAAGUCUAUGUCGAUGAUAUGAUUGUCAAAGCCAAGACGGAGGAGGAACAUGUCGAGAAUUUGAGGAAGCUCUUUCAAAGAUUAAAGAAGUGCCAACUAAAACUUAACCCAAAUAAGUGUACUUUUGGGGUGACAUCGGGAAAACUGUUGGGAUUCGUAGUAAGCCGGAAGGGAAUCGAAAUAGAUCCCGACAAAGUAAAAGCCAUUCAAGAUUUGCCAGCCCCAAAAACACAGAAAGAGGUUCGAGGAUUUUUGGGGAGAUUAAAUUACAUCGCUCGGUUUAUCUCGCAGCUGACCGAAAGAUGUGAUCCCAUAUUCCGCCUUCUUCGUAAGAAUGAUUCGGGAGAAUGGAGUGAAGAUUGCAGAGAGGCUUUUGAGGCAGUAAAGAGAUAUCUUUCGAAUACUCCGAUCCUAGCGCCACCUAUCCCAGGAAAGCCUUUAAUUAUGUACUUGUCCGUUUAUGACAAUUCAAUGGGAUGUGUGUUGGGGCAACAUGAUCAAACUGAGAAGAGGGAGAGGGCUAUCUACUAUCUCAGUAAGAAGUUCACGGAGUGUGAGGCCAGAUACUCACCCAUUGAAAAAUUGUGUUGCGCUUUAGUGUGGGCUACCAGAAGACUUAGACAAUAUAUGUUGUAUCAUACUACCUGGCUCAUAUCUAAGCUGGACCCUUUAAAGUAUCUAAUGGGGGUCCCUGCAUUAUCAGGAAGGUUAGCCCGUUGGCAAAUCCUGUUGUCCGAAUUUGAUAUCCAGUAUGUAAGCCAGAAGGCAGUUAAAGGGAGCGCCAUAGCAGAAUUCAUUGCGAGUAGGGCUUCAAAAGAAUAUGAACAGUUGAACUUCGAUUUUCCAGAUGAGGAUUUAAUGGCUAUCGCGGAGGAAGAAACAGUCGCGCUCACCGGUAAAUACUGGAAGAUGAACUUUGAUGGUGCUUCAAACGCCUUGGGGCAUGGGAUUGGGGCAAUCUUGGUCUCACCAAGUGAAGAGCAUUAUCCUUUUACCAGUCGGCUCAAUUUUGAUUGUACAAACAAUAUGGCUGAAUAUGAGGCUUGUGUUAUGGGUCUUAGAGCAGCUAUUGAACUCAAAGCAAAAAUGCUGAGGGUAUAUGGGGAUUCAGCUUUGGUAAUUUACCAGCUCAGAGGUGAAUGGGAAACCAAAGAUCCCAAACUUGUGGAAUAUCGUAAAUUAGUUCUGGGACUUAUUGAAGAAUUUGAAGAAGUGACUUUCAAUUACCUCCCCAGAGGAAAUCAAAUGGCGGACGCCUUGGCUACUUUGGCGGCGGCCUUUAAGAUGAACGAGCAUUCAAAUAUGAUGCCUAUUGAGAUGAAGGCUUAUGAGUAUCCAGCCCACUGCUUUAACAUUGAAGAAGAAGAUGAUGAAGGACCUUGGUACUAUGAUAUCCUCCAGUAUAUAAGAUAUCAAAGUUACCCCGAACAGGCAACUGAGAAUGACAAAAGGACCAUUAGAAGAAUGGCAGCAGGGUAUGUGCUUAAUGGUGAGAUCUUAUAUAAGAAAAGCAUGGAUCAGGUCUUAUUAAGGUGUGUGGACACUAAAGAAGCGAAAAUGAUCCUUGAAGAAGUACAUGAAGGAAUAUGUGGCACCCAUGCUAAUGGGCAUGUAAUGGCCAGACAGAUUAUGAGAUUUGGGUAUUAUUGGUCAACUAUGGAAACUGAUUGCAUCAAUUAUGCCCGAAAGUGUCACAAGUGUCAGAUUUAUGGGGAUAGAAUACACACCCCUCCUCAUCCGUUGCAUGUGAUGACAGCUCCAUGGCCGUUUUCUAUGUGGGGCAUGGAUGUUAUUGGGCAAAUUUUUCCAAAAGCGUCAAAUGGUCAUCGCUUCAUUCUGGUAGCAAUAGAUUACUUCACCAAGUGGGUAGAAGCAGCUUCCUAUGCAAGUGUUACCCAGUCAACGAUAUGUAGGUUCUUGAAGAAAGAAAUCAUCUGCAGAUAUGGCUUACCAGAGAGAAUUAUCUCUGACAAUGCAUUGAACUUAAACAACAAGAUGAUGAAAUCUGUAUGUGAGCAAUUCAAAAUAAAGCAUCAUAAUUCCACGGUUUAUCGCCCAAAGAUGAAUGGGGCAGUGGAGGCGGCUAAUAAGAAUAUUAAGAGGCUUAUAGAGAAGAUGACUGAAACUUAUAAAGAUUGGCAUGAGAAGUUGCCAUUUGCUCUGUUUGCCUAUCGGACUUCUGUACGGACGUCUACUGGGGCAACUCCGUUUUCUCUAGUUUAUGGGAUGGAAGCUGUCCUCCCUAUUGAAGUGGAAAUUCCCUCGCUCCGGGUUUUAUCAGAGGUGAAGCUAAAUGAGGCAGAAUGGGUACAGGCCAGAUAUGACCAAUUGAAUCUGAUUGAAGAAAAGAGAUUGAAGGCUAUUUGUCACGGUCAGAUAUACCAGAAGCGGAUGAUACGAGCACAUGAUAAGAAAGUUCGCCCUCGAGAAAUCCACGAAGGAGAUUUGGUGCUCAGGAGGAUAUUGCCCAUUCAAAAAGAUUUCCGAGGGAAAUGGAUGCCCAAGUGGGAAGGACCCUAUGUUGUCAAGAAAGCUUUCUCUGGGGGAGCUCUGGUCUUAACUGAGAUGGAUGGGUCUGAAUUACCUCAUCCAAUGAAUUCUGACGCAGUUAAGAAGUAUUUUGCUUGA